GAGGUGCCGAUCCAAAGGCCUAGUUCCGGAGCGAUCACGAGAUACAAAGGCCUGACCCAGAAGAAAUUCUGCGUCACCUGUACCACCCGUAACCACAAGAUCAAGAUCAAGAUUACCUUAGAUGUAAACAAAGCUAGUGAAGGUAUAUUCGUAAACGUCUUCAGGAAGAUAUUACAUUAUACUGUUAGAUAUAGGAAGUGUACCCUUAUCUUUUAUCACUGAAGUAGAAGCAGAAGGUUUACCAUACCUUGAGAAUCAUGUCUGGCUUCAGUGGAGUGUUGAAACUUACCGAUCUUGAUGAUUUCAUAGCACCGUCGCAGGAAUGCAUCAAGCCAGUAAAAGUUGAGCAGAAGUCUGGUCGAGGUGUUAUACGAAUUGAGAAUGAUGGAGCAGAUGCUGCUAUGGCCGUGCAACCAAAGUAUGAAAAGGCCAAGAUAACUCUCAAUGACUGCCUGGCGUGCAGUGGCUGCAUCACGUCGGCUGAGGUGGUGCUGGUCAAUCAGCAGAGUCAUGAUGAGUUCUAUAGAGUUCUUGCUGAAAAUAACAGUAGAGAAAUUUCAGAGAAGUUGACCAUAAUAGUGUCCAUGUCGCCACAAGCUGUCCUCUCCAUUGCUGCCAAAUAUUCUUUAGGAGCUGAUGAAUGUGCACAAAAGUUAGCAAGUUAUUUCAAGAGAUUAGGAGCCCACUACAUCUUUGAUACAAACUUUGCUCGCAAUCUAAGCUUACUUGAAGCUGAGAGGGAAUUCCUGAAAAGAUAUAAGGAAAAGGAUUCAGAUCCUAAAACUCUACCUAUGCUUGCUUCUGCUUGUCCAGGAUGGGUUUGUUAUGCUGAGAAAACACAUGGUUCCUUCAUUCUGCCAUAUAUCAGCACUGUCAGGAGUCCUCAGCAGGUGAUGGGAAGUCUUGUCAAGGACCUGUGGGCUACACAGAAAGGCUUAACCCCUGAUAAGAUAUACCAUGUUACAGUAAUGCCGUGCUUUGACAAGAAGUUAGAGGCUGCUAGAGAGGACUUCUAUAAUGAAACCUUCUCAGCUCGUGAAGUGGACUGUGUCAUAACCUCAGUGGAGGUUGAGCAGAUGCUUGUUCGAGAUGAGGUGGAAUUGGUGACCUUGUCUCCUUGUUGCCUUGAUGGUGAUCUGAGCUCUGGCUCACAGCUCACCUCCCAUCCUGGGUCAUCGUCAGGUGGAUACGCUCACAGCAUAUUUAUUAAAGCUGCCAAGGAACUUUUCAAUCAAGAAAUUGAUGACUUACAGUGGAAAAUAUUGAGAAAUAAUGAUUUUCGUGAAGUAAUCCUUGAGGUGAAUGGCGAAACAGUAUUGCGCUUUGCUCUUGCCUAUGGCUUCCGUAAUAUUCAGAACUUGGUACAGAAGCUCAAGAGAGGGAAGAGUCCUUACCAUUACAUAGAAGUGAUGGCCUGUCCUUCAGGGUGCUUGAAUGGUGGGGCACAAGUUCGUCCAGAGAGUGGAAUCUCUUCAAAGGAGUUGGUGGCCCAGCUUGAGGAGGCUUAUCAGAGUCUUCCUGCAUCAAGGCCACAUGAUGACCAGCGAGUACUGUCCUGUUACUCAGAGUGGCUUGGUGGCCAUGACUCGGAGAAGACUCGUCAAGUACUGCAUGCCAAAUACAAAGCAGUGGAGAAGAAUGUGAAUGCUCUAGGAAUCAAAUGGUAGUUAUUGGUAUGUGUGUGUGUGUGUGUCUGUGUGUGUGUGUGUGUGUGUGUGUGUGUGUGCACAUAGAAAAUAUAUUGGUUGCAAUAAUUGAAAAGGAAAAUAUAAUAGCAGAAGUUAACACUCAUCAUGAUUUAUCUUAAUACAGUGAUUAUAUCAAAGAGAAGAUGUUUCAGUAUGUGCUUCACUGUGAAGUUUGAUAAUAGAAUAAUUUCACCAAGUAGAAGUAGGUAGAAGAUACAGCACAGGUAGAUUAUGUAGAUCGUGGGAAAUUUUAAAGAUUGACAGUUGUGGGUAGGAGUCACGAUUUAUAGUGCUGAUUUUAAAGUUUGGAAUUUAAGAAAAAAAUGGGAUAAAAGAAGUAUGAAGAAUGAUAGGAUAGAAUAAAAAGAGUACAUGUAUUAAAGUGGUGCUGGUGGCGAGUUACUUGUGUGCAAAGAUAUUGGGAAAUGUUUGUAGGCUUGAUUGUGAGUGUGUCUGUGGGAUGUCAUCUUAGCCACCCUUUUAUGCAGGGAUAUUGACAUAGUAUAUGGGUAUUGGAGCAGGAAAACAAUAAUUGUGGUCUUCAGAGAAAAAGAUAAAAAUGAAAUUGCCAUUACCUUAGAACAGUCUCAUGUCCAGAGAUGUAUUGACUGUGGAUUACAUUUGUUUAAUUCAGUGGUUGUCAAAUUUAAAAUUACAUUUACUUUAUCCUAUUACUUUUCAAAGGGUCAUACUUAUUCUAUUUCACUCAUCUAUUCCAUUCAGUUGGUCAGCCAUCUUAUUGUGGUGCAUUUCACUGCUUCCAUCACAUUACAACUUAUUCCUUUUUCAAUCCCAGAUAAUUUAUAUACACGUUUCUUAUCUUCAUUCACUCUGACAGUACCACAGACUUGCUGUUUAUUUGAUACCCAAGUGUCACGAAUGUGUGUUGCUGUCCUUCUUAAAUAAGAAUGUUUUACUUCUUUCUUCUCUAUCCUUUCUUUCAUAAUGUUCCCUAAAGGUCACCACUACUUUCUCCCCUGUACAGCCUUCUCUUUAGUCUCUCCCAUGCUUUUGUACACAGGAUAGAGUCAUUUGAUUAAAAAUCAGUUCCCCUGUGAGAUCAUUUUAUGAAAUGGCCCUGUUACUGAAAUGCCUUGGCAUAGAUGGUGUGGUAAACUUAUAAGACAGCUAUAUCAAUAUUUUUGAGCAAAGCAAAUGUGUAAAUAUGUUUGUAAUAUACUAUAAAUAAACUUUAGCACAUAAAAUGUAAUAAGAAUAAAUACUAUUCCACUUACU